UGUCUAAGCCGAAAAGCAAGCAAGAAACGAAGAAGAUUUAUCCGGAAGCAGGACUGUCACUUUUAUAAUUGUUCAAAAUGGAAUGUCUUCAUAAGUAGACAUCAUUUAUGUUCAAUUAAUUAAAGUUUCCUCUUUACGAGCGACAUGGAGACGGUUGAACAAAGUUCCACACCGGAACUUUCCGCUGCCAUGCGGGCAAAAAUCGAAAGAAACCGACAGCGGGCGUUGAUGCUCCGACAAUCCCGAAUAGCGAGCCGUCCUCUGGCCGCCGUCCAGGGCGCCACUUCGGCCAAAGUCUGCAAAACCAUCGACUCUGGUGCGGGCUUUUUCAUCGAGGAGGAGGACGGCGGCGAAGAAGAGCAAAACACCAAUAAGGUUGUGCACCAGCCUGCCCCGGUCAUAGAACCAGACUAUCUUGUGUGUGAUGACUGUCAAAAGCCCUUCAUGGAUUCCUACCUUAGCAACAGCUUUGACCUGUCUGUGUGUGACAAGUGCAGAGACAAUGAUGUGAAACAUAAGUUGAUCUCCCGGACCGAGGCCAAACAGCACUACCUUCUGAAGGACUGUGACAUAGACAAGAGAGAGCCUACACUCCGAUUUAUACUGAAGAAAAACCCUCACAAUCCACUCUGGGGGGACAUGAAGCUCUAUCUUAAACUACAGGUAGAAAAGCGAUGUAUGGAGGUGUGGGGUUCUGAGGCAGCUUUGGAGGAAGCCAAGGACAUGAGGGAAGAGAACAGAGAAGUGCAGAAACAAAAACGGUUCAACAAGAAAGUAAAAGAGCUGCGCAGAACAGUGAGGAGCAGCAUGUGGACCAAAGAUACCAGCGCCCACCAGCAUCAGUAUGGACCAGAGAUAGUGGUAGAUCUUGAGGAGGAUCUCUACAAGAAAACCUGCUCCACCUGUGGACAUGAACUGACCUAUGAGAAGAUGUAAAACGGACAUACCAGGUUUGAUACCACUUAGUUUUUCCACAUAUCAAACCAUUCAGGUCUGAAUAAUUAAUGGAUUUAUUCAAUGGACAAGGUCAAGUAUUGUAAGUAGGUAUUUAAAAACUUCCAAAGCUGGCAACUUUAUCAACAAUGCAUAUUGGUUUACCUGCACUAGAUUGCUGUAAACUACUAUCCGGGUAUUUGUCUGCAGAGCAUAAUGCAGUUAUAAGAAUGGUUAUUUCAUCCAUUUUCUACCUGUCCCUUUUAGCAUCGCUAGGUAACAAGAGCUGAUAAUGAUUCAUGGUCACAUUUCAUGUGCUUUUGAGCUGUAGCCAUGCUACGUUUAACUUAAGUAAAACCAGAAAUUAACAAAAAGAUGACAGCUUUUCUGGUGGGUACAUUGGAUUUGUCAAUUGUGGUUAAAGAUUAAUCAAUUUCAUACACAUUUGUUUGGUAUGAAAAUAGUUUUUAUUUUAAAAAUCAAAUCUUUUGUGAGUUUUGGCGCCAUUAAAUACCAAUGCAUCUUCAGUGGUAUCAACUUUCAGCUCUUCAAUCUCACCCUGUGGAGAACAAAUUAGACGGGAAUGUUGUCAAUAUGAAUAUAGCAGUUUGUAAAACAAAAAUUGUAUGGUGCUAUUAUACAAUACUGUCACAACUAAUGAAUAAAGUGUCAAAUAUGUCAAAAUCGAAA